CAUAAAUGAACCCUGCUUCAGCUAACUGUGAAACAACAAAAUUAACCUUUAAAUAUGGACACGCAGUCUCACAGGCUGUGUUUGGCCACUUCACCCCACCCCACUACUGAUGUCUAAACACAUUGAAUUCAUAUAGUCAGUAACCUCUAAUGAAAGUAAUCAUCAUGAAAAAUUAUAAGAAUUUUAAUAACUUAACCUUGAAAUAUAGCAGGAAGAAUGCCCACAUAUGGAGGUUAAAGAAAUCUUGUCAUAUCCAAAAAAGUGGAAAUACAUCUACAAGAGGAAGUACAUUGCAAAAUAACUUGAAGACUUCCUGUAAAUGUGGGUCUAGAGCUACUGCAUACUAACAUACAGAACCACAAAGCUUUAUUUACAAAAUCAGAACAAAAUUCUGGGGCAGACAUAGUUUCAUUAUAAAAGUAACGUUUGUGAGUAACGUAGUAAUGGAGAUGGACAAUACAUGCAAUAUAUUAGUAGAGGAAGAAUUACAGAAUUGCAGUAAAGAGGAACUCAUUGCUAAAGUGAAAGCAUUGAAAGCUCAUAAUUUCCAGUUGAAAAGCAUUUUACAGAAGUCAGAAAAGCAAUGCACCAACACUGAUCAAAAAGAAUUUGACUUCUCCAAGCACAAUUCAAGACACAUAUUGCUUAGAAUAUUAUAUUUAGGAUGGGAUUACAAAGGAUUUGUAGUACAAGAAAACACAUUGGAUACAAUAGAACACCACUUGUUUAAAGCAUUAUUAAAAACACGUCUGAUUAAGGAUAGGUCAACAUCAAACUACCACAGAUGUGGAAGAACAGAUAAGGGUGUUAGUUCAUAUGGACAAACCAUAUCUAUAACUGUAAGAAGUAAUUUACAGCCAGAGAAUGAUAAUAUCUAUGGUGAAAUGAAUUACUGCAAGAUUUUGAACAGAGUUCUACCUGAUAACAUUCAGUGUGUGGCUUGGAGUCCUGUAAGUGAUGAAUUCAGUUCUAGAUUUGAUUGUAAAUCAAGAAGUUAUAAAUAUUACUUUCCUAAAGGGAGACUUAAUGUUGAGUUAAUGAGAGAUGCAUCCAGGAAAUUGGUAGGAUCUCAUGAUUUUAGAAACCUUUGUAAAAUGGAUGUUGGUAAUGGGGUGACAGAGUUUGUUAGAAAUAUCACAGCUAUUACCAUAGCUCCCCUAAAAUCUUCAGAUCCUGAGGAUGAAUACACAAUGUAUGUUAUUAAAAUCCAAGCCAAUGCAUUUUUAUGGCAUCAAAUUCGUUGCAUACUAGGUGUUCUGCUUUUGGUUGCACAAGGCAAGGAGCAACCUUCUAUUGUAGAUCAGUUGUUGGACAUCACCAAACAUCCCAGGAAACCAGAAUAUGGCAUGGCUAGUGAAGUUCCCUUAAACCUGUUCUAUUGUGAAUAUGGAGACACGAAGUGGCAAUAUGAUAAAGAGACUGUAAGACAAGUACUGGAAAAGUUACAAAGUUGUUGGACAUUUACAGCUAUCAAGUAAGCUACAUUAUAUGUAUAUUCUUCAAUUCACCCAUUGAUUCGAUCACUGAUGGAUCCGGUGAACUUAUGAUUGACAGCUGAUGUGAUGACGUCAGCAACCGGUUCCGUUGAAUGGUGGUUAAUAAAAACACGCAUUUUUAGCCUUCAGAUUGCUAUCAUUUGAGAAAACCUAACAUUUGCUUUAUCGUGAAUGGUUUCUUGGUAAUUUGAACUCUGUAUCAUUUAAAAUCAUCAUGGCAAUGUACGCAGUAGUUGAUAUUGUGGUGGAAAAUUUGUUAAGCGAUUCGAAUGAAGAAGUUAUCCAGUGGAUAGAAAGAGCAAAUUUUCAGAUAUCCAUAAUUCAAGAUAAAAUCACUUGCCUUCAGAUGCUCUGUUUAUUUCGAAUUGUGUUAAAAAAACAUUAAAUUUCACGCCACUCCUAUGCUGUAGCAUAACUUCAAUCUUUUCUUCUUCCAUUUUUUUCACAUAAAACUGUAGUUGUCACAAAAGGACCGAACGUCGGUGGAUGCUGUUGGCACCGGUGGCAUAUCCAUCAUCAAUAUAAAGACAACUUUGAUGUACAACCGGUCGUUCCAGCGGAAAUUAAAGGACGCAGACUUGUCUAACCGGUUGCACCAGUAGCUCAACUGGUGAAUUAAAGAAUAUACCUAAUUUGAAAGACUGAAUUGAAGCUUGAUAAUUUUAAUGACAUUCCACAAUUGACACAUAACCAUUGAUUUAUAAGUUAACAAAAACGUUUAUCUCUAGACUGAUAGGUCAUAUUUUCUAUGCAGAUUUCUAAUAUAGAGCUUUUGUAAUUUCUUUACUAGAGUUUUGUGUAACUAGUCAGUGGCAACUAUUAAAUUAUCUCUUUGUAACUGUUUUAAUAUAGGUGUGAUUGGCAUUGUAUUUAAUAUUGACCAAAAGCUAAACAUUCCUUUUCAGGCAGAAUAUGAUCAGAGACAUGAUUGACUCUCUAAUGACAGAAACAUCAAUGGACAAUACGCAGUGUUUUAGUGAAAACUUAUUGCAAGGUGUAAGACAAAAAAAUUAUAUCCCUUUAUUGAAAAGAAAGACCUGUCUUAGUUUAGAGGAAAAAAUGAGAAGUUGUAAGAGAGGGAAGAAAAUGGUGCUGUUAUCAAUAAAUGGUGAUAAAUAGAA